ACUAAUGGUCACUUGAUGUGCACUGGCUGUUUUAUCCACCUACUAGCAGAUGCCCAGCUGAAGGAGGAGCAAGCUACGUGCCCCAACUGUCGUUGUGAGAUCAGUAAGAGCCUCUGCUACCGCAACCUGGCUGUGGAGAAAGCUGUGAGCGAGCUGCUGUCCGAGUGUGGCUUCUGCCUGCGUCAGUUUCCCCGCUCCCUCCUGGAGAGGCACCAGAAAAAGGAGUGCCAGGACAGGGUGACCCAGUGCAAGUACAAGCAUAUCGGCUCGUGGCAUGGCCCCUUCCACGAGCUGAGAGCGCAUGAGUCUGCAUGUGCUCACCCGACCAAGACAGGAAACAAGCUGAUGGAGAUGCUGGACAAGAUGGACCAGAGCCACGGCAAGGAGAUGCAGCUCUACAACAGCAUCUUCAGCCUACUCAGCUUUGAGAAGAUCGGCUACACAGAGGUCCAGUUCCAGCUGUACUGCACGGACUUCAUCACACGCUUGUACUACGAGACACCGCGCACAGUGCUGAGCCAGACUUGGGUCCGGAAGGCAUGUGUUAACGACUCAGAGCGCAACCCCAACCUGUCAUGCAAAUGCACUCUCUCCUUCCAGCUUUUCCUCAAGAGCAAGGUCACGGCGCCCCUGGAGUGGUCCUUCCUGCUGCUCAAGGGCCCUUAUGAUGAAGUGAAGAUCAGCCCCAUCAUCUACCACUUUGUCUUCACCAACGAGAGCAAUGAGACGGACUAUGUGCCACUGCCCAUCGUUGACUUCGUGGAGUGCAACAAGCUGCUCACCGCCAAGAACAUCAACCUGCUGCUCUUCCUGUUCUAGAUACAGAAGUAA